UUACUCCAAAUCCAAUCUCAAUUGUUAUUCGAAGUUCUAAGUUACAUCACUAUCAAAACUAGGUAAUAAAAAUGGCCCCUACGCUUUACCACUCUGAACAUUCUGCUCCUUCGCGAAGCGUUUUAUUAACAGCUAAAGAAUUGGGACUGAAGCUAAAUUUGAAAGUAUUAGAUUUAGCUAACGGUGAGCAACUCCAGCCAGAAUUUCUGAAAUUGAAUCCACAACACACUGUACCAACAUUGGUAGAAGAAAAUGGAUUUGCAAUCUGGGAAAGUCAUGCAAUUAAUUCCUACUUAGUGAAAAAGUAUGGUAAAAAUGAUUCACUUUACCCUAAGGAUCUUAAGAAGAAGGCCGUUGUUGAUCAAAGGCUUUACUUUGAUAGCGGCACAUUAGUUCAACGAUUUUCUACCUUAAUUAAAAAUCUGGUUGCUGGUAAGACUAAGGUAGUUCCUAAAUCAGACGUAGACAGCAUAAAAGAGGCCUACAGCUUCUUGGAAACUUUCUUAAGAAGUGGCGAUUAUGUAACUGGAAACCAGCUAACAGUUGCCGAUUUUCAAAUCGUCACAAGUAUAUUUUCUGUUUCUUUUUUCGUUCCCAUUCAAGCAGACGAAUUUCCUCGAAUAUCCUUGUGGAUCAAGAGAAUGGAAGCAUUACCGUAUUUCAAGGAAGUCAACGACAACGGAAUAAAACUGUACAAAGACAUUAUGAAAUCUAAACUUGAACAACUAGAAAAAGAAAUGACUAUUACCUUGUACUUUGCCGAUGCUAGUCCACCAGCAAGAAGUAGCAUUCUAACUAUAAAAGCACUGGGAUUAAAAAAUGUAACGUUUAAGCGUGUGGAUUUAAUGCAAAGGGAACAACAUAAACCGGAAUUUCUAAAAUUAAAUCCUCAACAUACGGUUCCAACCUUGGUCGACGAAGAUGGUUUUACAGUUUGGGAUAGUCAUGCAAUUAAUACAUAUUUGGCCAGCAAGUACGACGAAAAAAGUUCUUUCUAUCCAAAAGAUUUACAGAAAAGAGCAAUUAUAGACCAAAGACUUCAUUUUAGCUGUGGCACAUUAUUUCCACGAAUUGCAAGAACGUUUGUAGGUCUUUUGUUUCAUCCAGAAGCCGGGAUUUCCCAGGAAUCUAUUGACGAAAUAAAAGAAGCUUAUGGCUUCCUGGAAAAGUUCCUGGAAAAGGGGAAAUAUAUUGCCGGAAAUGAACUUACUGUUGCAGACUUCAGUCUAGCAACGGAAGUUGUUUCGAUCGUGUAUUGCCCGCCUUCGCCAGAUGAAUUUCCAAAAAUCACUGCCUGGAUUAAGAGAAUGAAAGAGUUACCGUAUUUCGAUGAAGUCAACGAAAAAGCACUUCAGAUACUUCAAGCACUCGUAAACCCAAAACCUGCUUAAGAAAAUUUGUGGUAAAAUAUUUUUGUUUAAAUAAUAAAUUGACUUCGAUCCAAAUACGA